GAUUACCUACAACAUCAUGACGUCCAUUAUCAACAUUUUCGUUUUGAUCAUCGGAAUCAUUGCCAUCAACGGGGAGGCGCUCAACUCGAGUAACGAUACGGAUAUUCCCAGCGGGGAGACACUCAACUCGAGUAACGAUACGGACCUUCCCAGCUCUCGGGUUUCCGAUCGUGACUUGUUAGAUACACUGGAGUCCAUGAACCUGGUUCCCUUUUUUGUGAGAUCACAGAGAAAAUGUGAUGGAAUUAUUGGCUUUUUUGGCUGCAUUACUACCGAUAGAAGUAUUAUUAAUCCGUUAGACAUACGACCAAAGAGCGAGUCUAUUGACAUCAUGCCCAUCGGCAGCAAGCAUAGAAUCCGGAGGGAACGACAACAAGCUGUAGUUAAGACCAAAGGUUCAGAUGAUGGAACUAAUUCGGUCAUGUCACUCCUCGCCAGAUCCAGUUCUCCGUUAAGAUCCUUGAUAAGAAACAGAAGUCGUCGAUCGGCCUCAACACCAGAGACAUCUUCCAAUAAAAACACUACAGUGGAGUUACAUCCGACACAUGUCAGUAAUCAGCCACCAAAGUUGUCCAAUAAUCAACGCCUUCUUAUGGAUUCUUUGAUGUCUCUUACUUCGCCAUACUUUUUGCUCGUUCCAAACAAAGAUUAUUAUCAAAGUGACGAACAAAAAAUGUAUUAUUCUUGA